AUGCUUACAAGCAAUGAUAGAACAACCACUGACAAGACUCUUUUAACCAGAACUCAAACCUUCAGUGCUACAGGAUGGCAAGUAAACUUUAUCAAAAUCAUGCCUAUCAGCCACUACCAGAAUGGAUUCUGCAAAGUCAAAACAUUUGGCUUCAACUGGUUGGCUUUACUUUUUGAUGAAGCUCUAGAGGAACCCCUGCCAAAGAUUCCACUACAGAAAUAG